AUGGAACCUCCACAUAAAUACGCAUCUUUCUCAGCAUCCCGAGAAGCCUCCGCUACAUUCCCACCCACCCAAACUCCGCGGAACCAGAAUCAAAGCCAGCAAGCCGGCAACCUCCAGUCCAACUCCGAGGACCUCUCCGGAUUUGGCACCCAAGAAACACCCCCAAAAAACCGAAGAAAGAUUCGCGGGUCGCAUCGCCAUGGCUCUGAUGAUCGCCAAAUUUCUCCAAGAGGGGAGCCCGCCUCCCAACGUCGAACUCGCCCAUCCCCAUCCCCUCGCCCGCUAGAUCCACCUACCUUCGAUGGCGCAAAGUCCCAACGCCACAAAUAUAACAAGUCGCGGGAUCUGCGCUUCCCUAAUCCCAUGACUCACCUGACUUCCUCGGCGAGCGCAAGGGGAUUGCUUCCUACGUGGUCGGGUGGAAAGGACAAGGACCGCGAGAGCGAUGACGGAUUGUUAAGGCCGACUACAAGGGAAACAACCCGGAGUCGCUGGGGGUCUGAGUCAACUACUGGUCUAUCUGAUGGUCGGAAGGGUAGUCUGCUAGAUACGCCUGAGCAGCAUGAGCGACUGGCGCCUAUCCGCCGGAAUGAGAUUCUAUCUAAGGAUGACCUGGAGAAGGUUAAGAAGCGAAGAAAGCUAGGUGAAGAGUAUCUGCGAUCCGCAUUGACUUCAAUUGGGACGUUAGCAACCGACGUCACCCGUCGGCUGGAUUACACCUACUACAACCUGCUUGAGAAGAUCACAGCGCUCCAUUCAACUAUCUCGCUAUUUCAGGAACUCUCUGACUCGGCGUCAACACUUCUGAACGACUUUGAACGUGAGACGGCCGGUUUAGACCAGGAUAUCCGCAAACAGCUCAAUGACCUCAAAGGGUUUGAGCCCCAGAUCCAAAAGGCCGACGCGUUAGAGCAACGCAUGAAAGCAGGCCGACAGCGCGUCGAAGAACUAGGUAAACGACUUGAGACAGUACGACACGAGAUUGAUAGCUGGGAGCAGCGGGAAACAGAAUGGCAAACCCGAACGAGUCGUCGACUGCACAUCUUCUGGGGUAUUGUGACAAGCGCACUGUUGGUGCUUGUACUCGCUCUGGUAAUUCAGAAUUGGCCACUAGUCUGGUCUCCCCACGCUCAGACGUCACGUUUGACGGUGUCAAACCACUCUGCGCCCUCUGUGCCACCCCAGUCCGAGGUGUGGAAUGAGGUCCUCAGUCUCGCGGAAACUGACUCAGGGUCUGAUUCAGGGCCUUCUCGAUAUCCGUCCAACCUUGCAGAUCGCCGCGAGAGCCUGGCCAAAGCUGGUCCGACGUCGACCGUUCGGUCAGGGCAUGAUGCAGCACCUGCGGAACAUGAACCUUUGACUGUGCUGGAUGAAUUAUGA